GAACUCGUUGAACUGAAGUUUCUCUGCCAGGGGAAGAUUGGGAAAAGGAAGCUUGAGUCUGUCCGAAGUGCACUGGAGCUCUUCAACAUCUGUGUCGAGCAGCAGCUGUUUACAGAAUACGAGCUGUCGUUCCUUGAAUAUUUGCUGAAGAGCAUUAAAAGAAAAGAUUUGGUCUCGCAGGUCAAACAGUUCCAAGAGGAAAGAGAAGUUACUAAUCCUGAGGAUGAACUAGAUGAGCGUGAAAAACGUCUUCAGAGGGCAGCUUUUGAAGUCAUAUGUGACAAUGUUGGGAGGGAUUGGAGAUGGCUGAUACGAGAACUUCAGUUUCCUGAAACGGGAAUUGAGAGGAUAGUGGCAGCUUAUCCACUGAACUUGCGUGAACAGUUGUUUCAGUCACUUCGAGAGUGGCAGAAAUGGAAGGGAAAAGAUGCAAAGGUGACUGACUUAAUAAAUGCUCUUCGGUGCUGUAAUAUGAAUUUGGUGGCAGACCUAGUUGAACGGAAGCUCAACACUGCAAACGGCUGA